UGAAAUUCUCUAUUUCAUUUAUACCAUAAAUUGUUGUACCAUUUGUAAUGAAUGAAACAUAAUAUUUAUUCCAUCAAUUCCAUAAAAGUAAAAGAAAAUUCAAAGAAACUUAUUUCAUUCCAAUUUUAAUCAUGAAUAAAUGGAAUGAAAUAUAUUCCAUCUUUAUCUAUAUUCCAUUCCUUUUUAGUUUACUAAUUCCAUUUUACAUUUCUAAAUCCUGAUAUUGCCAAUUAUACGAUUUCCUAUCCACUGAAUCCAAAGAACUAUUCCCAAAAACACACUAUAAAUAUCCACUAUCAUAUUAUGAAUCGAAUUCACAUCUAGCUAUUGAUAUUACAGAAAUUUCUUUAAACGACACAAAGUUAGAUCAUAAAAUGACAUCCUUUCAUAGAUGCUUUGCCCUUUUAGCUCUUUUUGCAGGCUCAUUUAAGUUUUGUUAUUGCCAGAAUGAAACAAAAAAUGCCUCUGGAUGGGCCGACGCAGACGCUGGUGCUACUUGGUACGGUGAACCAGAGGGAGCAGGUAGCACCGGAGGAGCUUGUGGAUAUGGUGUGGCAGUGGCCAAUCCACCGCUAAACGCGAUGGUUUCAGCCGGAGGGCCUUCACUAUUCAACAAUGGAAAAGGAUGUGGAACAUGUUAUCAGAUUAUGUGCACCGUGAAUCCAGCAUGUUCAGGGAGCCCAAUAACGGUGACGAUAACGGACGAGUGUCCAGGUGGUCCUUGCGCCUCUGAGCCAGUUCAUUUUGACCUUAGUGGCAAAGCCAUGGGAGCCUUAGCCAAACCUGGCCAAGCCGCUCAACUACGAAGCGCUGGUCCUGUAAGUGUUAGUUACAGACGUGCUGCGUGUUUAUAUCAAGGAACUGAAAUAGCUUUUCAUGUUGAUGCCGGUUCUACCCCGUUCUACGUGGCAUUCGUUGUGGAAUACGAAAACGGUGAAGGAGAUUUGGCCUCCGUUGAGAUUCAACCGGCCAGCGGAGGAUUUAUGCCCAUGCAAGAAAUGAGGUCCGCCGAGUGGAAGUUAAACUCCGGCGGUCCACUGAGCGGGCCGUUCAACAUUAGACUUACAUCUGGCGAGUCUCGUAAAGUAGUGGUAGCUCAGGCUGUUAUUCCGGCGGAUUGGAAGCCUGAUCAGACGUACAGGUCGAUUGUUAACUUCUAGGGUGUUCUUUUUCGUCAAAUUGUAGUUCGAAAGCUAAUAAUUGAUUAAUAAACAAAAAAAGAAAUGCA